AUGCAUGUUAUCUUAACCGGCGCAACAGGCCUCGUUGGCUCUACGACUCUGCUCGCGUUGAUGGGCAUGAAAGACAUCGCCAAGAUCUCUAUCCUGAGCCGUCGGCCAGUACCCAUGGUUGAUGCUAUGAAGGACGAGCGCGUUGAGGUUAUAAUCCAUGAUAAUUUCGAAAAAUACGACACAGCACUGCUUGAGCGUCUCCGAGGUGCAAACGGCUGCGUGUGGGCACUCGGGAUUAGCCAAAAUGCCGUGGCUAAGGAAGAGUACAUCCGUAUCACAAAGUCAAUGACACUCGAAGCAGCUCAGGCUUUCGGGAAGAUCAAACCGGAUUCUGGAGAUUUCAAUUUCGUCUUCGUGUCGGGCGAAGGUGCGACAAGGGAGCCGGGUUUCUUUACACCUCUCUUCGGUCGUGUUAAGGGCGAAACAGAGAUUGCCCUUAUGGAACUUGAGAAAAAGAUCCCCCAUUUCCGACCAGUCAUAGUUCGUCCCGCUAUGGUCGAUUCUAAAGAUCAUGAUGCACUGCGACAGUGGAUUCCGCCAGCAACCGGUCUGAAGGGGUUGGCAGAAAGUAUUUUCGGUCCGAUUAUACGAAGUUCACUCAAGACAAUGCAUAGCCCAACAAAGCCUUUGGGGUGGUCUCUGGCGCAAUUGGCGACGGGAUCGCUGGAUGGAGGGAUGAAAGGAGAAGGGAUUGAAGUGUCCGGUCGUACUGCGACAGUUACCAAUAUAGGCUUUCGGAAAUUGAUGCACUUGCAAUAG